AUGCCUGCGACCGAGCCAUCGGCACCGUCGACACCAUCAGCCCAACCGGGCAACCGUAUCACUGAAGAUGAGGCGUCGCUCUACGACCGCCAGAUCCGGCUGUGGGGACUCGACGCGCAGAAUCGGAUGCGAAACUCGACCGUUCUCAUCCUCUCCCUCCGCUCACUCGCACACGAGACGAUCAAGAACCUCGUGUUAGCAGGCAUAGGGCGUUUGAUCAUCAUGGAUGGAGAGAAGGUCACAGAGGAGGACCUGGGCGGCGGCUUCCUCUUCCGCGAAGAGGACGGUGCUGUGGGCUCGGAGCGUACAGCAGCUGCACUGCCGCAGAUCAAGUCCCUCAACCCGCUUGUGGAGGUCACCGCGCUGCCAACCUUGCAACCGUUCGUGGGCGGGGACGAGACGGCGACGAUCACCUUCCUCAAGCGGGAGAAGGUCGAUGUCGUCGUCGCGUGCGACCUGUCGUAUAAGCAAAUGGAGGCUAUCGACUCGGCAUGCCAUGUCGCUGGUACCAAGUUCUACGGGGCAGGGACAUACGGGUUCUACGGCUUCGCGUUUGCAGACCUCGGUACACAUCACUCGUUCACGUACACCGCGCCAGGAAAGGAGCCAGUGAAGGAGGUGAUCCGAUACAAGGCCAUGGCGCAGGCGUUCGACCGCACGAACUGGGCACUCCCCAAUGAGAGGACGGCCGAGGGCGGGAGCCCAUUUGGCGGAUACCGACGUGUGCUGAAAGCACGGCAGUACGGCCCAGAGCUCGCGGUGCCUGUGCUGGCAUUAUGGGAAUACGAGAAUCAGCACGGCAGCCUCCCAACCGGCCGUGAAGGGCAGCAGGAGGAGCUCACAGCGAUCACGGCUGAGCUGCAGACCGCUCUUGGCGUGCACCCCAAGCUCCUUAACGCGAGCGCUGACGUCGUCAAUCACUUCGCUGCGCACGCGACCGACUGCUUCUCGCCCACGCUCGCGAUCGUGGGUGGCUUACUCGCGCAGGACGUGCUGCGCUCGAUCUCGCGCAACGGGUGGCCGAUCAUCAAUCUCCUGGUCAUCGACAGCCUGCGUGGCACAGCCACGUCCUCGCCAUGGGGCGUCGCCCCUGACCCCAGCCUCCCCACGUAA